GGUUGGUUCACCUGCUGCAAUUUAUAGCAAGAAAAAGUUCCGUCAAACGUCAAACGGUUCCCGGUGUAUUAUUUUUGUGUUCCAUCUACAUCAUGAAAUAGUAAAUAGCAGUCGUAAAUACUAUCUUUUGUCUUAUUACAAUAAACAAAAAACAAUAAAAUGUGCAUAUUACAACUACAUUGUUGAUAACAAACUUAUAUAUCUGAAAAUCAUGGAAGACGAAUUAGAAGAUCGAGUUAUUUACCAAACCUACGUAACGCAUCUAAAAAUGAUGUCCCGAUUUGCAUGGGGUGCUCCUCUAAAUAUAAAUUUCCAUUCACCCUUAACAUAUCUAGCAUAUCUAUGGCGAUUAUUGAAGGUUUAUGUUUUUAAACCUGAAGUUUUCAUCUUUGGGACAAUCAUAGUUUUGAUAUUCAUGUAUUUGCAAGCCCUUGAUGUAUGGAGUCGUGCUUUAUUAGGUAGACUGCAAUUCACGAUUAGCCGAGGGACCAAAGGAAAGAUUCAAAAACUUAGUUUAUUCAACACUGGUGAUGCAGAAAAGACAAGUUGGCAGUUACAGCUUCAGCAGUCUGCUGCAUAUGCCAUCCAAGGACGAAGACCAAAAAUGGAAGAUCGAUUUGUCAUAAAUGAAAACAUAAAUAAUACUGGCGUCUCUUUAUUUGCAAUUUUUGAUGGACAUGGAGGAGAAUUUGCAGCAAAUUAUGCUAAAGAAAAACUUAUACCCAAUUUGUAUAAGAAAGUUGUUGAAAUUAAAGAUCUGAUUAGUGGAAAAGUACCAGAAAAAAAUCCUGAUGAACAACAGUGUAAGGAAGACAGUAAAGAUGAAAGUAAACCGUCUACUCCAAUGUUGCAAGAGCGUAAGAGAAGUAUUAGAAAAACUACAUCCACAACAGACGAAUGCUACAAAGGAAUCAAGGAGAUAACUGACAAAGAAAUACUGAGCAAAUUGGACAAACAGUUGCCUGUUACUAGGGAAGUCCGUAAUACAUCCACUUCAAUGUUUAAACAAAUUCCAACAACUAGUUAUUUUGACAAAAGUGGUAAAGUUGAUUAUGGAAAACUGUUAACUGAUGAAGUGCUAGCUGCAGACCGUUUAUUGUUGGAAAUUGCAAAGAAAAGUUAUGAUGUUGCAGGUACAACAGCACUUAUUGCUAUUCUAGAAGGCACAAAAUUAUAUGUUGCAAAUGUUGGGGAUUCUCGUGGAGUAAUGUGUGAUAAUAAGGGUAAUGCAAUUCCCUUAUCAUUUGAUCACAAACCCCAACAAAUGCGGGAACGUAAGAGAAUUAAAGAAGCAGGUGGUUUUGUUUCUUUCAAUGGUGUUUGGAGGGUGGCAGGUAUCUUAGCAACAUCAAGAGCACUGGGUGAUUAUCCCUUAAAGGACAAAAAUUUUGUAAUUGCUGAUCCUGACAUACUGACAUUUGAUCUGUAUGAUCAUAAGCCACAAUUUAUUAUUUUAGCUUCUGAUGGAUUGUGGGAUACCUUUUCUAAUGAAGAUGCAAUAGCAUUUAUAAAAGAGAGAUUAGAUGAAAGUGAUUAUGGGGCAAGAAGUAUUACUUUAGAAUCGUUACACAGAGGCUCCUUGGAUAACAUAACUGUGGUCAUAAUUGAUUUCAGAAAUUUCCCCUUCAAGUCCGCUCAAGCAUGACAACUGAUGCAGGGUGCUUAUGCAAGUUGGUUGUGGUAAAAUAAUAGUUCAUAUCAGUACAUUACUGAAAGUAGAUUUUGUUUUUGGUGUUUUUUGUUAACUUAUUGAUAUCUGAAAAAAUAAAACAUUAAAUUCAAAACUGAAAAAAGAUCCCAUCUAGAAAGAACAUG